GCUUAGUCUCGCGUGACAUUUGCACGGAGCAGUGUAUUCAUAUUUAUGAAGUUUGGUAAUAUCCCUCACGGAUAGCGAAUUGCGACAUUUCUCUCUUUUAAUAUCAACCGAUGGAUUUCCGCGUUGACAAAGGAUCGUUUCUGAGCCGAUACGCUGACAAGGAAUUAGCCGCGGAUCGUGCGGAAGAGGAGUCCAAAAAAUCCGAAGAUUGCUGCAACGCCGACAGAGACGCGAUCAACGAUCCGUUGGUAAUACCCGGCGAGUGUGGAUCCUGCUUGAAACCUAUAACGAAAGAGGAACUUCUUUCGAUGGUGUUGAAGUGCGCGAACUUUGCUGCCGAGAAGCACAGUAACCAAAGGAGAAAAGACGCCGCUGAAACACCCUACAUAAAUCAUCCCUUGGGGGUUGCCAAUAUUCUGGCGAACGAGGGAAGCGUCCACGAUCCGGUCACGAUACUUGCAGCCUUGCUCCACGACACGGUCGAAGACACGGACACUUCCUUCGAGGAGAUAGAGAAAGAGUUCGGCGAAACGGUGAUGAAAGUUGUCGCCGAGGUGACGGACGACAAAAGUCUCCCCAAGGCGGAGAGGAAACGUUUGCAAAUUGAAAAUGCAAGGAACCGAAGCGACCGAGCUAAACUGGUCACCUUGGCCGAUAAGAUUUACAACUUACGCGAUAUUCAGAAGAGUCCACCGCUAGGAUGGAGCGAUAUAAGAAUCAGGGAAUACUUUCAGUGGGCAAAAAAAGUCGUGGACAAUUGUCGUGGAACAAAUUUAGCCUUGGAGAAUACGCUUGAUAGUAUAUUUGCGAAACAGUGCAAGGAGGCGAAGAAAAAUUGUAAUUGCACAAAAAGACUAUCUCCCGUCUGCGAUGAAUCCUAUUUGUGCAUUUAACGUGAUAAAUUGUCAAGGUACAGCUAUUAUAAUACAUUUCUUCAAAGCAAGUUCCUCGUAUGUAUCAAAAAUACUUUUCUACUAAAUUAUAAUACACAAUAUAAUGUGAAAUCAAUUCUAUGUGGUUUAAAUCGCGUGGAGCGUUAUAUAUAAUUCAUACUGACAAUGAAUGAUUUACACAAAAAUUUAUAUUUGGAUUAAUUUGGCA